AUGCCCAGCAUCAGCGAUUCUAAAUGCAUCCUUGUCAUUGGAUCCACUGCAGGAAUAGGUCGUGCCCUUGCCCUUGCAAUCUUGGAUCUUCCUUCUAAGCCAACCGUCAUCGUCUGCGGUCGCCGCAAGGAAAGGCUCGACGAACUGGUUGCUUCCCACAAUGCCACAGGACGACUCAAGAGUGUUACUCUUGACGUUCUUUCAGAGCGCAACGCUCUCAAGUCUUCUAUCGAAGAGAUCGUCAACACUUACCCAGACCUUGACGCUGUCUUGUUCUCUAGCGGCAUUCAACGCGCCUUCGACUUCACUAAGCCGGAAACAGUUGAUCUCGACUCUCUCGAGUGUGAACUCGCCACCAAUUAUACCUCAAUCGUCAGGAUGAUAACCUUCUUCCUGCCUCACUUGAUUAAGCUUGGGCAAGGCCGUCCAACGUUCUUGUACACGGUUUCCUCAGGACUGUCCAUUGUUCCUGCCGCUGGAAUCGCCGACUAUUGCGCGACAAAAUCUGCCAUCCACAGCUUGAGUAUCUCGCUCGCUGUUCAGCUCAAGGAGAAGAAUGUCCAUGUGGUCGAGAUUAUUCCUCCACUCGUCGAAUCGGAGUUGCACGACUUCGAGGGCACAACGCAACGUCUGUCCAAUUUCUGGCUUUCGCUCGAAGAAUACACGAAAGUGACGAUGGAGGGCCUUGUCCGAGGCGACCCGUAUGUCCCAGCGGGGAUGGUUGUCGAACAGCACAAAAAGUUCGAGGAAGGGAAGUUGGAGGCCGCAACGAAGAUGUAUGGGCAAAUGAAGGCAAUGACUCAGACAUAG